AUGUCGAUAUCAGAAACGAUCGAGUAUUACUGCUUUGUAUCUCAAAUUGUGGAUUCUUUCCCGCCCGUUGGUAUUCAGGUGAAGUGGAGUGAUAUCUACCGAAAGAAUGCGACCUCUACAUACAAUUUUACAUAUGAAAAGGCUUGCGUCUUAUUCAAUAUCGCUGCCCUUCACUCGCAAAAGGCGUUCAAGUUCACCUCGAGCAUGGAGAGUCUGGGCGAUAUUCAGAUUGUUAUCAAUGAGUACAAGGAGGCCGCUAAUUGCUUCUUAUAUAUUCGCCAGGUCCUGUUUUCUAGUUAUGGUCAGGACAAUAAAACAUGGGAUAUGAGUGAAGCAGCUCUUUUAGGAUUUGAAAACUUUUGUCAUGCGCUCUCGCAGCUAGCCGUAGCCAAGAAGGCGGAUCUUUCUGGCACCAAGCCCUACGCCAAGUCUGCGAUUCUGUUCGGCUGCCAGAAGAUGUUCGACGAUGCUGCUGCAGCUUUUGAAUCCAGCAACGCUCCCAGCUCUAGCUGGGCGACUCUUUGUCAUAUUCUGUCGGAGUUCUGUCUCGGCAAUGCCUACUUGUACCUUGCUGAGUAUGCAAAGCAGCGAUUGGAAACCACCUCGACGGGCUGUGGCUUGCUGGUUGGCUUGGGUGCGGAGGCGGAGAAGGUUUUCCGAGCGAUUUUGGAGAAGUACCGGAAGGCGCUCAGCAAGCCGCUGUCCGAAAUGGCUACCGAUCUUGUCCAGAAGUCGCACACCACGUAUAUCGAAGGCAUGAAAGAGAAUCGCGCUUAUCUCGAAGUCCAGACUCCCGUUAGCGACUUCCCGCAAGUGGAAGCCAAGAUCCUUCACCCUCUGACCGAGCCGGAUAUCCCGAACAUCGGACCUGGCAGCUUCGAGAAGAUGGUGCCGCAGUAUGUGGUGGAUGCGCUGGCGCGGUAUCACAGCUUCGCGCAGGGCGAGCUGGACAAACUGAUCCAGUCCAUCGAAGGAUACAACAAGCAGCUGGAGCAGGUGAAGGAGAAUCUGCACGUGGAUAAUGUUAUCUCCACGGCGAAGUCGAAGGCGGGUCUUCCGGAAGAAUACUGGGAGCAGAUUCAGGACAUUCAGGAGAAGGAUGGCCUCCAGACGCUGUUCUCGAGGCUGCAUUCGAUGAAUUCGAAGGCUUCGGCUGUGAAAACGAGCAUGCAGGAGUUGCAGCAGGAACUGGGGGAGCUGCAGAAGCCGGGCAACCCUCCUCUUUCCUCUGCGCUCAGCCAGAUCAUGGUCGAGCUGAACAAGUUUAUGGGGUAUUUGGGCGAAGCGAUGUCUGGAGAACAGAAGGUGAACGAUCAAGUGCAGAAGGUAACGCAGAAUCGCACUUAUUUGGAGAGCUCUCGAGGUGAUCUCGAGGCGCAGCUGCCUUCCGAAGAUCUGUCCGGUAAUGCUCAGGUAGCGCUCGAGCAGCUCCAGAAGGCCGUGGGCGAAAUCGAUAGCAUUCUGCAGACGCGUAGGCAGAAAAUCAACGAGCUGCUGGCGAUGGAGAAGGAUGACAGCAAGAUUCGCGAUGAGCUGAUUCAAGAGAAGGGAUCUGGUGAUGAGCGUGGCAUUUUCACUCGCAAUUUCAAUCUCAUCAAGGACAAAUUCCACGAGUUGGAGCUAAGCAUGCAAUGUCAGAACACCUAUAUUUCUGCUUUGCAGCAGCGAUUCGAAGAGUUCAACAUGGCUAUGAAGAGCGAGCCUUCCUAUAUGCAGCGCCAGAGCGUGCUGAUCAACAUUUCUCGAACGAUCGAGGCGUUCAACAAUGCUUCGAGCUUCAUCGCCGAAGGCACUACGUUCUAUGAGAAAUUGGAUGCCAACUACAAGCAACUGCGAGCCCGAUUUGACGCGGAGAAAAAGUCUGCUUCUCCUGGCUUUGGCUCACCGAAGCGUUCCUUCCCUCCUGCGUCAGGAUCCCCGCCACCUCAGGGUCCUGGAGAAUGA